AUGAAUAUUUAAAACAUUUCAGCUGAUUAGGAACUUGUUCAAUUUAUAAAUUCUCCUUAAAAUAUAAUGGAGAAUACUAAAAGGUUAUAUGAAUUAAUAGAAGUAUUAUGCUAAAAGAAAAGUAACCUCUAAAUUGAAUAUGAUGGAUCAAAUUAUUGUUGCUAUUGUUAAGAAUUUUUAAUAGAGAAUAAUUUUAAAAUUUUACCAUGCGGACACAAUGUUCAUUUCGAAUGUUACAAAAAUUAUUUGAUUGAUUAGCCUUUUUAUAUUGAAUCGAUUGAGACGUAUUCAUGUUGCAAAGAAUCAGAAACCUGUUCAUAAGUUAUUAUUACAGAAUAGCUUUCUAAAUUGAUUUUAGGAGAUUAAUAAUUUAAUAAUUUACGAAAUUAGUACAUAUCAAUAUUUAAAUAGAUUUGAAUUAGAUUAAGAUGAUAAUAAUGAUCUAUCUGAUUUAGAAGAAUAUCCAUUUAAAGUGGAAUAAGAUCCAAAUAUUAACGAAGAGAAUGAAAAAUAAAUUCAAGAUUCAAUUGAAAAUGAUUAAAAAAUAGCAUAGAGUAUUUAAUAAUAAGAGGAGCUUUAAAAAAAUUAAAAUUUAAAGAAAAUUAAUUUUGAUUGUUUAAUUUGCUUUGAAUCUUAUGAUGUGGAAUCUAGUGCUAUAACUCUAGAAUGUGAUCAUAGAUUUUGUAAACAAUGUAUUCAAGAAUAAAUUUACAGUUAGAUGGAUAUUGGAAAGUUUAAAGAGAAUGACUUAGUUUGUCCUCAAUGUCAUAAGUCAAUAGAUUUUCAUAUUAUUUAGUAUUGUGCUCCUGAUUGUAGUUAGAAAAUUAAUGAUCUAAGGUAAUUAUUAUAUAUUAAUUUAAGGGUCAAAAAUUUAGAUAAUAAUGCUUCAAAUGAAAGAUUAGUCAGAUGUCCAGGUAAAGGUUGUCCAGAAUAAUAUUAUAUUUCAUUUUAUCUUGAAUUUCCUACCUGUAUUACUUGUAAAUUAUAAUUUUGUGCAAACGGUAAUUAAAUCAAUAAUCUUUUUAGGUUGUGAUAAAGUUCAUUAAGGUAUGACAUGCGACUAAUAUUAAAAGAAGACUAGAACAAAAUAAGAAAAAGGUUUAGUAUCAUGUCCAAAGUGUAAAAUAUAAAUUUUCAAGGAUGGAGGUUGCAAUCAUAUGACUUGUAAAUGUAAAUAUGAAUUCUGUUUUGUUUGUUCAAAACCUUAUAAACCAAAAAGAGAAUGUAAUUGUCCAUAGAAUACUACUAUUGAUAGAUUUUAUGAUAGAUUAAAAGAUUUUUUUGGUUCUAAAUGA